UACAGUUCAACCCAGAGUUACAAACACCGUUAAUUCUAGACGAGUCGUUGGAUUUUUCCGACCCUGAAGAGUCACAGUUCCUCGGUGCGUUAUCAGACGGCCUUUUGGCCAAGUCUGAACCCAUAUUGUCUAUGUCUACUUUCCAGAAGCCCCCACACGCGGCGUUGAUCGACUAUGAUUCUGCUCGAUCUUUGCACGAAGGUGUGCCAUAUCCGGGCUACGGCCAGGCACCGUAUGUGACGGCCACUUCGCUUGUCCCUUCCCCGAUGCCCGAUCAUGCCAGCCAAAUAUCCGACUGUGUUCCCUACAUGGCCAAUGGAGAGUAUGCCAGCUCCUAUGAAGAGAGUCGUUCGCCGAUGCUGGCCGCCGAGAGUCGUCAGCUACCGGAAAUUGUCUCCUACUCUCCCCAGAGGGGCUCAGAAGGUACCAGAGUCUUUGUCCAGAUUCAGUCGCCGUACGAUCUCCACACGUCGUCCUAUGCCACUGUGUAUCUCGUCUUUGGCUCGAAGAAAUGCGACUGCGUCCCCCACUUUCUCGGUUUCCAGGGCCCUUUGUUCCAGUAUGCCCUGUCAGUCGAUACGCCUCCAUUCAGCUCCACGGGGUCUCCGUCGUUCGCGGUUCCCUUGCAAGUAGCUUUGAACCACAAUGAUUGCCAUGCCGUCACUCUACAAGUCGGUGUUUAUACCUAUGAGCAUGCUGCGAUACAGUCCCCCUCAGACGAGUCCCGGAAGCGACGAGUUCCUUCAUACUCGGACGAGACGCUCUCGAGAGCACCCAAACGAAUUACUGGCCCACCAAUGCACGCAAAAGAGCAGCCCACCGUGUCUUCGGCGGCCUACUCUCCGUAUGUGCAGACCUUGCCCGCCAUGAACAGCUUUGUCACCCCUCAUCACGCGGCUGCAUCCCCGAGAGUGCCGACCACCCAGUACUCCGCCUUGUCGACAACGUCCCAGGCGUCCAUCCGAGCCCCAUCCCCAAUUACACCCUCCUACAGCCCUUCGUUUCUCUCGGUCAGUAAUGAUGCCAGAGGUACCAGCUAUGCCGUCAGCCACGCGUUCCGCCAACAAAACCAAGCAUCGCCCGGGAGGUUUGGAAACCCAACACUCAUUCGGACGUCGACGUUACAGCAAUCGGGCGCUUAUGGCCAGGCACAGUCAUUCAAUCCCUACGCUAUGUGUCCGACGAAGGCGGUCCUCAAGUUGAACGGUGAUCUGGAUGCCAUGACCGAAAGCUGGUCUCGAGAGGAGCGUGAGGCGAAACGUCGCCUCGUCCAAUUCACCCGGAUGCAAAGUGGUAGCACGAUCCACGCCGAUUUCAAGCCAGUCGCCCCCGAGGAUCGAGCCCCCAACAGCAUCUGCAUUAGCUGUAUCUACUGGGAUGGGAAAGACGAAUGCUUUGUUACCAGUGUUGACACCAUCUAUCUGCUCGAGUCUUUGGUCGGGGUUCGGUUCACGGUCGAAGAGAAGAACCGGAUCCGCCGCAAUCUGGAAGGCUUCAGACCCCUGACUGUUUCCAAGGCCAAGGCCGACAGUGAGGACUUCUUCAAAGUUAUCAUGGGCUUCCCUGCCCCGAAGCCAAGAAAUAUCGAGAAGGAUGUGAAGGUUUUCCCCUGGAAAAUCCUUAGUCACGCCCUCAAGAAGAUCAUCGGGAAAUACUCUGCUAGCUACUCUUCGAUUUCUGGAACAUUGUCUACCCCGAUCAGUUCAAACUACAACAGCACUGGAGCUGCUUCUGAUUCAGGAACUGAACCCCAGAACGCUGCAUCCCCUCAGUCGGUCUCGGAUACUGCUGCUCCGAGCACUUACGGUGCCAGCAUUGCUGCUUCCGCCUACACACCUCCCCCCAUGACGGGGCCUCCUGACUUGCGGGGCGGGUUGCCUACUGUCAGCCAGCCCUAUCCUACGUUGGCUACGCCGUAUUCCUACCCGGCUGUCUGUCAACAGCAGAGCCAAGUCGGGCUCACUGCUCCUGUCAGCAGCAGGACAUGGGAACUGAAUCCUCUACUCACGUCCGCGGCAGCCACUGGGGCUCCCAGCAGCAGCGCUUGCUACAACUACCUCACCCCGAUGCCGUAUUCCGUGCAUGACCAGGCCCACGGGUCUUGAGAUACCAUGGAUUGCGGUGACACGGCGGUGACUUGCAUCGGCUGGCGUUUGGCUUCUCUUUUUCCUGCGUUGUGCCUUUUCAUUAUUAUUUGAUACCUCUUUUCUUAUUGUCAUUCCUUGGCUGCGAGACCUUGACUGAGUCGUUCCACUCAGCGAUGGAUCUCCCGGGUUAGCCUUCUAUUUAUGAUCACUGUGAAUGAUCUCAUGUCUCUCCUUUAUCAUUUUCAUGCCUUGAUGCCCAAUAUCCUCUUCCGCUUUUACGCAUUAUAGAC